AUGUUCAGCAACCUCCUCCCCUUCCAGGCAGCGCAGUCUCUAUUGGAGCGGCUUCAGCGCAUGUCAAGCGCCGCGCCCCCACCUGAUCCCGACUUCAUUCGUCCAGAGCAGCCCAGGGAUGCCAUCGUGUCUGUGCUGCCGGGCGACGUGUUUUACAUCGUCUUCGCUCUGCUGGACCCAGAAGACCUCCUCGUGUGCAAGCAGUUCGACCCCGCGCAGCUGUGCCGCGUGCUGUCGCUCCUCGUGGAGGUCGACGUCCGCUCCCAAUACCGGAUCGAGCUCGCCGCCGCCGGCAUGGUCGACGGCGGCCCAGACGGUGCGGGGACGAUGGGCGAGCGGCUCGCCGCCCUGCGCGAGCACCGCCGGAAGUGGGACACGCCCACGCUGUCGCUGCUCGCCUCCCACUCGUGGCCGGCGACGCCCAACGCGGUCGAGAUGGUCACCGUCGACGGCGUCCCGUGCCGGUGCGAGGCGCAGUCUGACGAGAGGCUCGCGCUCAGCUUCCAGCCGACGACGGACGGGUCGGUUUCGCUCCAGGCCGUCGUCGCGUCCACGCACCGGACGCACCUUGAGACCGCCGAUCUCGCUCAGGACCUCAUGGUGGUGUCCGAGCGCUUCGGAAACACCUUGGACGUGAAACUGCGCCUGUUGUCGGCGCGAACAGGUCUAGAACAUCCUGAGGCUGCGCAGCCUGUCUACGACAUCACCACUCAGCUUUCCAACGCACAUACUGUGCAGAUAUACGACCGAUAUAUCCUCUGGAAGGCCCGCUCCGCACAAACCAACACGUUCACUGUUGAGAUCCGGGACUGGAGAACCAGUCAGCCAAUAUGGCGACACGGCUUCCCGCCAUACGUCUCGUACAACCUCCUUGACCACGAACACCUCCUCGUCACCAGCCAACGCCAAGAGCACCUCGAGAUCUACCACGUCCCCCGCCUCCCCACCCCAGACCCGAGCUCCUCGGUCACCCCCGAGCCGACCGAGGACACCGCACCGCUGCUCAUCCUCGAGCUCCCCCUCGGCUCCUUCCGCGCCUCGGUGAACCAAGACCCCAAGUUCCGCAUCCUCACCUCCGGGCCCUCCCCACGCGCGCCCUUCCGGCCGGACCCCGCGCUCGCGCUCACCGCCGUCCGCUUCGCGCUCUACAACCCCGAGCUCCUAAACCCGGUCCUCCUCGUCCCCGGGGCGACGUUCCGCGCGCAGAUCGACCUCGCCCAUGCGGCCGCCCGUGCGUCCGACCGCCCCGCGAGCCCCCGUCCCCGCCGCGUCUUCUGGCACGAGUGGGGCCCGACGGGCGGGCUCAUGCUCGGCGCGUUCGCGCACGGGCCGACGGAGGCCGUCUUCGGCACCCCGUGCGGCACGCGCCUCCCCGUGCUCCUCCCCGAGCGCACCGCGAGCCGCACCGUCGUCCUCGACCUCCACCCGUGGGCGGCGCGGCGCGCGGCGGCGGAGCGGCGGGCCGCGGCGGCCAGCGCGGGGUGGCUCGGGCGGUCUGGUGCUGCGUCGCCGGCGGCGAGCGUGCCGUUCGCUGCCUACCAGGGGCCGCGCAUCAUGUGCCCCGAGAGGCACUUCCCGACGAUGGUGGGAUGA